AUGGACAUAAACAUACGACCUAUGUCAUUGCUCAAAACUGACAUCACAGUAAAAGAUGCGCCUUGUUUCAAUUCUAGUAUGUUCAUAAAAACGGAAGAUUUUGAGAAGGCUAUAAGAUGUGUUCAGCGUGGUUGCAACGAAGGUAUGUGUAAGGCAGAUUCACUAGAAACGCUAUCCAGAAAAUUUCAAGUAGAUGAAGUAAACUGCAUGGCAAUAUUUUCUGGUAACAAAACUGACGUAGACGAAGGAAUCCGUCACGCAAAUGAGACAAAACGUCCCCUUUUAUCAAAUAGUUUUUAUUUGAAUUUAACUGAAAAUUGUGACGUGUUUAAAAUCGCUCGUGGUUACGUCACUUGCUCAAUGACGAAGGAAGAAGAAGAAUUCCCCAUUGCGUUUUCUAUGAUAGUAUUUAGGGACGUAGAAAUGGUUGAGAGAUUACUUCGUGCUAUUUAUAGACCACAGAACUAUUACUGUAUUCACGUAGAUGCUAAAGCAGACAAAGAAUUUUUCCUCGCCGUAUCUGCUGUAGCGCAAUGUUUCACUAAUGUUUUCUUGACGGCUGAACGAGUAGACGUCCAGUGGGGACAGUUCAGUAUACUGGAACCGGAACUGCUGUGCAUGAAACAACUGUGGAGAUAUACAAAAUGGAAGUACUUUAUCAACCUCACUGGACAAGAGUUUCCAUUGAAGACAAACGCUCAGCUGGUGAAAAUAUUAAAAGCUUACAACGGUGCAAAUGAUCUGGAAGGAACAAUAAAAAGAGCAAAUCUAGAUAGAUGGCCAACAAAACCACCAAGAGGUUUAAGAGCAGUUAAAGGAGCAGUUCACGUUAUCGUUAACAGAGAUUUUGUUGACUACAUCCUACACAACGAAACAGCCAAGGACCUACUGGAGUGGGUCAAAGGAACGGGAGUUCCCGAUGAAACGUUUUUCGCCACAUUAAACCACAACCCCCAGCUUGGGAUACGCGGCAGCUACAAAGGUAAGUUUAAUAAUAACGUAAAGAAAACAAGAUAUAAAAACUGGUUUGGCAUGUAUCCCUGCGCUGGUCAGUCGGUCAGAGGCAUUUGUAUUCUAUCAACAGGUGAUCUACCAUUGCUUUUCGAUACAAAGGAACUUUUCGCCAACAAAUUCUACCUAUGGGAAGAUUUCCUAUCUAUUGGUUGUUUGGAGGAAAAGUUGAUGAACGACACGAGGGAUGAAUUUCUGGGUGUAAAGACAUUUAACGUGUCUUAUUAUGAGAGUUUGGGGUUUGUGAAAAAUCGCGUGGUAAUAUAA